CAGCGCUGUUGUUCUUCCUAAGCGAGAUCUUUUUCCCACAGUCAUGUUGAUAGAUUCAGGUAAUAUAGUAAAUCUAAUGAAGGAUUGAUUCUAGAGGAUCAUCUUGUCAUUACAUAAGUGCACGUUAACAGAAUGCGCCAAGAAUUCAGUAGCCUCGGUGAACUUAGGGACAUUGUAGCAGGUCGCCCAGGUGCAGCUAAUCCCGUCGUGUGCAUGGAUGGCGGCGGAGACAGUAAGAUGGUGUCGAUAUAGAGAGUACCUUGACCACUCGUGGAAUGGUGUGAAAGAUGACAACCCGCUGACAGUCAGAUGUUGGCGGCAGAUACUUGGGGACAGCCGUGUCUCUAUUCCGAAACACGCUGAAAUGAAUGCUCUGUGCAACGCGGGUUCAUACUUGGAAAGAUCUCUCUAGAGCUAUCACAGGUUUGGUAGAUAUCGAGGCCUCUGAGAUAUGUGAGGAAGAUGUCUUGAGUCUCUUGACUAAUUUUGUGAUCUUCGACACAACGGAAGAGGGUGCUCGUACUCCGGUCCCCCCAUCUUGCUGUGCGAGAGUUCUGGGAGACCAGGCCUGAAUACUACAGCGAAAAGUGCAACAAGUUCGCCGCAGAGGUGUGCCUUCUCAAGUUGAUCGAGACGUGUGGCUUGCCAGAUGCAGAUCGUUUUCUUGGGCAAAUUGGUCUGAGUGCGGACGCUACCGUAACACUGUCCGAGACUGACUCCUAUAAGAAAGGCAUGUAUAACUAUCCCGUGCGAAACUGGGCAGAACACAGUGUGCACGCUGGGGAACACAACUGAGCAAACACUACCUUACCUCUUUCCAAACGGCUCCAGUAUUUCUUUUUCAACCAUUUUGGACCAAACUGCCCAUUGAGCUGCUAGAUGUGGUCACACCACCGCCAGAAGAUAGAAAGCGUGGAAAGUGGCCACAUGCUGAAGCUAUUACGGAACUACCACCGAUCCCAGGGUCGAGGGUUCUUACUUUCCUGCGUCUUCGGCUUUGGUGAGAUUCUUCGCAGGGACCAGCACCAUCAUCUCGACGUCGACGUGAAAGAACAAUGUAUCAUAGCGACUGCAAUUCAUGGCCACUAUGAUACUCUGCAGGCUUUUAUGAGAGAAUUAAAAGACCAGAUGCUGCAAAAGCGCGUCCUGAACGCCUUGGUCCAGAAUAAUGACAUAGAGCCACUCCGAUGAUUCUUGAGUCUUAUCGAGCCUAGCCUAAUCACGGAGAAAGUUAUCGUGCGCGCAAGGCGGGCAGGCAAGG